AUGCUCAUGAAGGGGGAGAGGGGUAAAGCGACGGACUUCAGCAUCGCGGCCAUCAUGGCGCCCAGGGGUCCGUCCUUCGGACAUUACCACCUGCAGGGCCUUGGUGGUAACGCGUCGGCCAACACCAGUGUGGAAUGCGGCAGCAAGGCUUUCGUCGCCACAUCGACGCUUGACCACCAAGACGUGAGAGCGCCAGUGAAUAUCGUUGCGACAGCAACGGUAGUUACGAAUGAGGCCCUUCUUGACGAUGAUGAGGGUGAAGAGGGAAUUGGAGAGGGUGAAAGUGAGGGUACAGAGAAAUCUGCAAAUGAGGAGGAUGAGGAAGUCGAUGUUGAUGUGGAAGAGUGCAGCAGCAUUGAGGAAGGACCAGUUGGAUUUGUGGAUGAUCUCUCAAACCGGAAGUACGAGAGUGGUCACGACGGCGAGAGGAAGCAUCGACGGAGAACAACAUGCAAUUCCGACGAAUUAAGGGACAUUGAAUGCCAUCUUGAAACUAAGGAACUUUGGGACAAGUUCAACGACCUUGGAACUGAGAUGAUCAUCACGAAAACCGGCAGGCGAAUGUUUCCGACCUGCCGGGUGUCCUUCAGUGGAUUGAGGUCUGACGGCCAUUACGCCGUUUUGAUGGAUAUCGUGCCGGUGGACAAUAAGAGGUACCGAUACGCCUAUCACAGGAGUUCUUGGUUGGUGGCCGGAAAAGCUGAUCCACCAGCUCCAGCUCGACUUUACGUCCAUCCCGAUUCGCCAUUCAAGGGAGAACAACUUCGAAAGCAGGUCGUCUCUUUCGAAAAAGUCAAGCUCACCAAUAACGACAUGGACAAACAUGGACAGAUUGUGUUGAAUUCGAUGCAUCGGUAUCAGCCGAGGAUACAUCUAGUCCGAUGUCGUAACAACAGCAACCAUCAGAUCACGGACCUUCAGAAGGAGGAGCACAAGACUUUCAUUUUCCCAGAAGCUAUUUUCACUGCCGUAACGGCUUACCAGAAUCAGUUGAUCACAAAGUUGAAGAUCGAUAGCAACCCGUUCGCGAAAGGGUUUCGAGAUUCCUCUCGUCUCACAGAUUAUGACAGAGACCCGAUGGAGUUGAUGGAGCAACAACUGGUGCGAUGUGGAGUUCCAUCAGUGAGACUGUAUGAGCACCUAGCGAUAUCAUCUCCGGCGGCAGCGGCAGCCGCGCUCAGUGUCCACCAACACCACCAACACCAACAUCAGCAACAACAACAGCAACAACAUGAGGGUUCGCAACACGGGGCGCACCCGUUACCACCUUGGUUGCCGCCAUCAAGCACCCUCCUUUAUAGUGGAGUGACGCAAAAUCACAGUAGGGGUGGGACGCCGACGGCUUACCCGGGCAGUCCGACCUUCCCCUACCCCGUCGGCGUCGCUCUUCCGUGGCCCUGGCAACCCCCGGUAACGAUGAUCUCCCGACGAUCGUCUCCCUCGUCGGCGACAGCUAGCCCCGGGGUCAGGUAUGCUCCCUAUCCGCGACCCGCCUCCACACCGCCGCCCCUACGCGCACGCCCGUCCACCCCCAAUUAGCGAUCCACCGUCUACCACACCCCCAGAAUACGGGUCUAGGGUCUCGAGUCUCGACUCUCGAGUCGUUCCCAACUUUAUGUUAGGUAUAUUACCAGUGCGAAACGACAUUCUUGGAGACUGCGAUCUGCGAUCUACCAUCUACCUUAUACUCUAUUAUUUAAGGACGUUUAUUGUUCACUAUGAAUAUCUCACCUCAACAAAUUUUAAAACUUUUAAAUUCGUGGACACUAUCCACAUUGUUAGAUAGAGCAUUCCACACUGAUGCCUUAUUUCUGGUUUGCAGUUCGUUUUCAAAAUUGUUUGACUUUCUUAAUAUUCAUUGGUUUCUGUCAGUUUGUGGUGCAAAACAUAUAGAAAAUAGUCCCACAUACCUUUUCACAUACUUUUCCACCUUUCAUCAUUGCUAACAUUUGGCUAUUUCUUUCAUUGUUAUGUUUCCUUCCUCAUCUCUCAGCUUUUAAUAUUUU